UCUUUAGGGGAGGCGACUGUCCUGCGGUCCAAUGAAAAAACCUGUGUCGCAUUCAUGCGGCAGAACUUCCGAUACAAAGCGGGAAUGUCAUUUUGUGUGGAGAAAUUAUGCUGAUAAAUACACCAUAGUCUAGAGCAAAGCAACAAAUUAUACGGACUAGGCUGAAUAAUCUGGCUUUUCUACAAUGCCACGGUACAAAUCCAAGGAAACUUUGUCUUCUAGUGACUCUGGAAGUGAUGAGGAAUACCAGCCCAAGAAGAAGAAAAUGAAGGAGAAGCACGUUGAAGAGCCCAAAGAGAAAUCCCCAAAGAAGAAGAAGAAGAUGGGAGACGGACCGGAGGACCACAUGUACCCGCUUUCCAGACAGAGGUUUGUCAGUGUCAGGGAGUUUCGGGGCAAGGUGCUGAUUGACAUUAGAGAGUACUACACGGACAACUCGGGCGAGCUAAAACCCGGGAAAAAAGGCAUCAGCUUAACCGUUGAGCAGUGGGAAAAACUCAAAGAUAGUGUGGACGAAGUCAGCAACAGUGUCCGGGAACUUAGUUAGGGUCGGGGCCAGGUCACGUUUUUAUGCAAAUUUGGAGCUAAGUUUGUAACGUUAAGAAGCUGUCGUCCGUGCGCCGUAAAUACUGUUUGUGUUGUGCUUUGCAUUGUCCUUAAGGGUAACAACUCUUUUUAUUGGUUACCAAAAGGAUGGGACACUUUCAAGAACAGUAAGGGUCAUCCAUCUAUGGUGCUGUAACAAUUAAAAAUCCUUUCAGAAAAACCAAAUACAAAAUUCCAAUUAUCUACAGUAAAUUUGUAAGAUGUGGUAUUUACGUUUGGGAGAAUAAUAGACGUAUGUAAAGUGAGGUUUCUUGUUAGGCCGAAACAUUGACACAGAAAUUUUAUCUUAUUUAAACUUAUACCUCGACGUGAUAAAAAAACAAACAUUUAUACACUUCAAAAUGACGUUGUAGGUACAGAUAAUAUGGAAAAUGUCUGUUGCCGUUAACCCCGACUGCAUCUCCUCUCCAAAAAGGCGGUGCUUCCACGAGCAAUUUAAUGAGGAAUCAACUUGGAAGUGAUUUUCCUUGGUUCCUGAAGAUUGCUUAAACCCACCGGAUGUGUGAGCCGUGCUAUUAAAUGUCAAAUUCGGUCAAGAGGGAAAUGAUUUUGCACUCUGCUUUAUAGCCGAAACAUGACGCCUAAUUUCGAGAAUUACCCAUGUAGCUAUAACCACUAAAAACUAUUGCAGAGAUUGUGAUGUGCAGUUUCGUGUGAAGUCACAACCGCAGGUCACGCUUUUCAGGCCCAAACGGAACCUUUGGCGAUAUCCAAUGCGGGUAUGCAAUGCAACGUUUGCUUGAAUACUUGAAGAUCGGUUUGUUGGGCUUGACGUGACCCUGCUUCCCAUUCGUCCAUUGUGUCGAUUUAAAGUCGCGCCUUGAUGUCCUUUUAAAAGCUUGCCAAAAAGUAUCUUAAGUGAAAUGCUACGGACGAAACUGGAAGAGGAUUGGAUGUACAGUGUUACGUUUAUGUCGUUACGAAAAUUUUGUCGUAUACUCUAGUCUGCCGUUGACUUCAUGAAACGUCACCAACAAUGACUUAGAAAUGUUGAUUUAAAGUUUUCGUAAGAGUUCGUUACAAUUGCGUACGUGAUACACAUUAAAAUAGUGGUACUCGUUAAGCACUCGAAA